UGUAUGUAUAUAAUAACGGUGAGAAACAGAGUGCGAAAUGGUAGCCCCUUUGGAAAUGAAAGCAAUGCAAAAUCUGUAGAGUAAUUUGAGAAAGAAAGAAGGAAAAUUUCAAUUGCAAGCAGUCAAAUUUGGAGAAGAAUGUCGGAUUCAUCAAAUGGACAGUCAACGGCGAGUUUUUGGACUCAGGCCAAUGCUUUGCUGAGGAAGAAUUUGAUUUUUCAGAAGCGAAACAUCAAGACAAAUAUUCGACUUGUUGUAUUCCCAUUUUUUCUCUGUUUGUUGCUUGUUCUCAUCCAAACAUUGGUGAACAAUGAACUAGAUAAGCCCUCAAACAGAUGUGGCUGCACUUGUGUUGAUACUGGCAGGAAUGGCCAAUGUGAAAGAAGGUGUGGCAUCGAAUACUCAACUCUGGACCAAGUGUUCACGUGUUCCAUUCCUCAUCCUCCACCGUUGCCUCCAUUAUUACAAAUACCAUCAGAACAAUAUCGUGCAAUAAGAACUGAUUUUAUAUCAUAUGGAGACUUGCCUGAUGGUUCAUGCAAGAGAAUAGGUUCCUGUCCUGUAACUAUGCUUAUUACAGGGGAUAACCAGACAUUUGGACAAAGUGUGGCUGGAAACAUGUUUGCAAGACCAUUAAAUAUAGAUCUCUCUGAUAUUCUGUACAGCUUAGCAGAUGAUGCGUUGGGUUCGGAAACAAAGACUAGGUAUACCAAUUAUCUUGAUCCAGCCUUUUCUUCAAAUGUUCCAGUUGAUUUUCUUCAACCUCAGUGCACAUCGAACUCUCAAUUUUCUGUGCCUGUCCAAUUUGGUUCUGCGACGUUUCAACAAGAUUUGCGCUGUGUUCAAGGCUUACAAUUAUGGCGCAAUAGUUCCUCAGAGAUUAAUGAUGAACUAUACAAGGGUUACCGUAAAGGGAAUGCAGAGAGAAAGAUUAACGAGAUUGUGGCAGCCUAUGAUUUUAUGAAUUCAAAUGAGAAUCUACUCAAUGUGACUAUAUGGUACAAUUCUACAUACAAGAAUGACACAGGGAACCAACCUCUUGCCUUGACACGGGUGCCUCGUUCAGUGAAUUUGGCAACAAACGCCUAUCUCCAACUUUUGCUUGGACCAACCGUGAAAAUGCUUUUUGAGUUUGUAAAAGAAACGCCAAAGCCCGAAACAACACUUAGAUUGGAUUUCUCUUCUCUCCUCGGGCCACUCUUUUUUACAUGGGUGAUCAUUCAAUUGUUCCCGGUUGUACUGACAUCUUUGGUUUAUGAGAAGCAACACAGAUUAAGAAUUAUGAUGAAAAUGCAUGGGCUUGGUGAUGGACCUUAUUGGAUGAUAUCUUACGCUUAUUUUCUUGCAAUAUCUUCAAUCUACAUGCUUUGCUUUGUGAUAUUUGGCUCAGCCAUAGGAUUAAAAUUCUUCACGCUAAAUGAUUAUAGUAUCCAGUUUGUGUUUUAUUUUCUCUAUAUAAACUUGCAAAUAUCUUUGGCGUUUCUUGUUGCUGAUUUGUUCUCCAGCGUGAAGACUGCAACAGUUGUUGGUUAUAUCAUGGUAUUUGGAACUGGACUCUUGGGUGGCUUUCUUUUCCAAUUCUUUCUUCAAGAUUCUUCAUUUCCAAAAGCUGGGAUAAUUGCCAUGGAGUUAUAUCCAGGAUUUUCCCUGUAUCGUGGAUUAUAUGAGUUUUCACAAUAUUCUUUUAAUGGAAACUAUAUGGGAACUGAUGGAAUGCGAUGGAAAGAUUUAAAUGAUAGUGACAAUGGAAUGAGAGAGGCGUUCAUCAUCAUUGCAGUGGAAUGGUUAGUUGUUCUUUGUGUUGCAUAUUAUGCAGAUCAAGUUGUUUCAUCUGGAAGAAGUCCUCUAUUUUUCUUGCGGAGGCACCAAAAAAAAUUCUCAUCAUCCUUCCGGAAGCCUAGCUUGCGAAGGCAGGGGUCUAAAGUUUUUGUUCAGAUGGAGAAACUUGACGUUCAGCAAGAGAGGGAGAAGGUUGCACAAUUACUACUUGAAUCAAGUACAAGUCAUGCCAUUGUCUGUGAUAAUCUCAAAAAGAUAUAUCCAGGGAAGGAUGGGAAUCCCGAGAAAUUUGCAGUGCGAGAACUCUCACUUGCUUUGCCCCAGGGGGAAUGCUUUGGCAUGCUUGGUCCCAACGGUGCAGGCAAAACUUCGUUUAUUAAUAUGAUGAUUGGGCUCACAAAGCCCAGCUCUGGAACUGCAUACGUUCAAGGACUAGAUAUACGGACCGAUAUGGAUAGAAUAUACACCAGUAUGGGCGUGUGUCCCCAGCAUGACUUAUUGUGGGGAACUUUAACGGGAAAGGAGCAUCUACUUUUCUAUGGAAGGCUUAAAAAUCUCAAAGGUGCUUCCCUAACACAAGCAGUGGAAGAAUCUCUUAAGAGUGUGAACUUAUUUCAUGGGGGUGUGGCAGACAAACAAGCAGGAAAAUAUAGCGGAGGCAUGAAGAGGAGGCUUAGUGUUGCCAUUUCACUUAUUGGAGAUCCAAAAGUUGUUUAUAUGGAUGAGCCAAGUACCGGACUGGAUCCUGCUUCAAGAAACAUGUUAUGGAACGUGGUUAAACGUGCAAAACAAAACAGAGCUAUAAUUCUCACCACACAUUCAAUGGAAGAGGCAGAGCAUUUAUGUGAUCGUUUAGGAAUUUUUGUUGAUGGCAGCUUGCAGUGUGUUGGGAACCCUAAAGAGCUCAAGGCUAGAUACGGGGGAUCAUAUGUAUUCACGAUGACAACAUCCCCAAACCACGAGGAUGAAGUUGAAAAUUUGGUACGACAACUCACCCCAAAUGCUACAAAGAUAUACCAAAUCUCCGGGACACAAAAGUUUGAGUUGCCAAAGCAUGAGAUCAGAAUAGCAGAUGUCUUUGAAGCAGUUGAGAAUGCAAAGAGUCGAUUCGCAGUUCAAGCAUGGGGUCUGGCAGACACAACAUUAGAGGAUGUCUUCAUUAAGGUUGCAAGGGGGGCUCAAGUAUUUAGCGUCCUCUCAUGAUAAUAACUGAUCCUACUCAUGUAAGUUUGUUGACUCUACAGCUUAAUCUCUAUCUGUAGCAUAAAAGGUGCUUCUGCAUAUUUAUUUUUGCAGUUUACAUUUUAUACGCCACGUUCUUUUGAAUUGCAGUCUUGUAUAUACGAUGUAUAGUUAGUUAUGAUACUUAUUAUGAACAUAAAGAUGUCCUUCAAGUGCUGAAAUGCAAUAAAUUUGUUGUUACUUUUAGGCCAA